AGAGGGUGGGGAUGGAUUACCCAACAAGCAAGGUAUGCACAGGCUUAAUUGUGCUUACUUACUAAUCUGUAGUGAACAAUAUCAUCUGGUUUUCAUCACAUCUGAUGUUUUGCACAUGGCAGGCAUUUGGUUGGGGACCGUGGAAUUUAAGGGGACAGCAGGGCCUUCUGGGGGACUUGGAGGGUUAGGGCAUCCAGAGAGAGGGUUAGACUGGAGAUGUGAGUUUGGGCAUCAUCUGGGUAUAGCUCUCAGCUGGGGCGGGGGAUAUCCAAGUAGGCUGGCAACUAAAAUGCAGAUUCCUGGAGUCCUGGCCCACUCCAGACAAGACCUCUGGUGGUGGUAUUUAAAAAGUGCCAUUGGCUGCCAGUAUGGAUAACCACUGGCAUCAGUGGUAGGUAGUUGAUGAAGGUGAGUGGGUGGGGGAGGAGAGGAGGAGAGAAGGCUCCAGGGAGAACCCGAGACUCUGGUUUCCUGAAAGGGAAAAGCCCAGCCUUGUGGCCCCAUUUCAACUCUGCCACAGACCCUGCCCUUCCGGGGCCACACCCAGCGUGGGAACCCUGUGGGCAGGCCACAGGAUAGGUGUGGGGCUUAGGGAGCAAGGGUGCUGUCGGGCACUUCCUGCUCCGGAAUCAGCCUCGCACGGGGCUCUUGCGAGGAUGUACCAGGCACUGGGCAGCUGGAUGUGGCAGGGGGCUAGGGGCCACUGUGACUCAGAGUCCUGGCAGGCGGCGUGGUGGUCAGAGCUGUCCACAUAGAGAUCCAGAGGUCCUCAAGUACUAAUAUUGGCUUCACUGGGGAACUUGGAUGAGGCACUUCUCUCUGGAUUUCCCUUUCCCCAUGAGUAAAGGAGAUUUUCUGCUCUACCCACAACACAGGGACCCUGUAAGGAUUACAAGAGAUGCCUUGAGAAAAUGUAAAAUGAUCGACAAGACCAUGCUGGCGAGUCUGAAGGUCAAGAAGCAGGAGCUGGCCAACAGCUCGGACGUGACCCUUCCAGACCGGCCGCUGUCCCCUCCUCUCACUGCGCCUCCCACCAUGAAGUCUGCCGAGUUCUUUGAGAUGCUGGAGAAAAUGCAGGGGAUCAAGCUUGAAGAGCAGAAGCCGGGACCCCAGAAGAACAAGGAUGACUACAUCCCAUAUCCUAGCAUUGAGGAGGUUGUAGAGAAGGGUGGCCCAUACCCCCUAGUCAUCCUGCCCCAGUUUGGGGGCUACUGGAUCGAGGACCCUGAGAACGUGGGCACGCCGACAUCACUGGGAAGCAGCAUUUGUGAGGAAGAGGAAGAAGACAACCUCAGCCCCAACACAUUCGGCUACAAGCUGGAGUGCAAGGCUGAAGCCAGGGCCUACCGCAGACACUUCCUGGGGAAGGACCAUCUAAACUUUUACUGUACGGGCAGCAGUCUGGGCAACUUGAUCCUGUCCAUCAAGUGUGAGGAGGCAGAGGGGAUCGAGUACCUUCGGAUCAUUCUCAGGUCCAAAGUGAAGACAGUGCAUGAGCGGAUCCCCUUGGCUGGACUCAGCAAAUUGCCCAGCGUCCCUCAGAUUGCAAAGGCUUUCUGUGAUGAUGCAGUGGGGCUGAAAUUUAACCCUGUCCUCUACCCCAAGGCCUCCCAAAUGAUUGUGUCCUAUGAUGAACAUGAUGUCAACAAUACAUUCAAGUUUGGGGUCAUUUAUCAAAAAGCCAGACAGACCCUGGAGGAGGAGCUUUUUGGGAACAAUGAGGAAAGCCCGGCUUUCAGGGAGUUCUUAGACCUGCUGGGAGACACGAUCACACUGCAGGACUUCAAAGGUUUCCGAGGAGGCCUGGAUGUCACCCAUGGACAGACAGGGGUGGAAUCAGUGUACACGGUAUUCCGGGACAGAGAGAUCAUGUUUCACGUCUCCACAAAGCUGCCGUUUACUGAAGGUGAUGCCCAACAGCUCCAGAGAAAGAGACACAUUGGGAAUGACAUUGUGGCCAUCAUCUUCCAAGAAGAGAACACACCAUUUGUCCCAGAUAUGAUUGCGUCCAAUUUCUUACAUGCCUACAUUGUCGUGCAGGCUGAGAACCCGGGCACAGAAACCCCAUCCUACAAGGUUUCGGUCACCGCACGGGAAGAUGUGCCUGCCUUUGGCCCCCCUCUGCCCAGCCCCCCUGUUUUCCAGAAGGGCUCGGAGUUCAGGGAGUUUCUGCUCACCAAGCUCACCAACGCAGAGAAUGCUUGCUGCAAGUCGGACAAGUUUGCGAAGCUGGAGGAUCGGACGAGGGCGGCCCUCCUGGACAACCUUCAUGAUGAGCUCCACAGCCACACACAGGCCAUGCUAGGCCUGGGCCCGGAAGAGGACAAGUUUGAGAAUGGGAGCCAUGGGGGCUUCCUGGAGUCUUUCAAGAGAGCUAUCCGUGUGCGCAGCCACUCCAUGGAGACCAUGGUGGGCAGCCAGAAGAAGCAGCACAGCGGGGGCAUCCCUGGCAGCCUCAGUGGCGGCAUCUCCCACAACAGCGUGGAAGUCACCAAGACCACCUUCUCGCCUCCCGUGGGAGCAGCAACAGUGAAGAACCAGUCACGGAGCCCCAUCAAGCGGCGGUCAGGGCUCUUUCCCCGUCUGCACACGGGCUCUGAAGGCCAGGGGGACAGCCGGACACGAAGUGACAGCGCAUCCAGCACCCCCAAAACCCCGGAUGGCGGACACUCUUCCCAGGAAGUCAAGUCUGAGACUUCAUCCAACCCCAGCUCUCCGGAAAUCUGCCCCAACAAAGAGAAGCCCUUCAUAAAGUUGAAGGAGAAUGGCCGAGCCAACAUCUCUCGCUCCUCCUCCAGCACCAGCAGCUUCAGCAGCACCGCAGGGGAGGGCGAGGCCAUAGAGGAGUGUGACAGCGGGAGCAGCCAGCCGUCCACAACCUCACCCUUCAAGCAGGAGGUGUUUGUCUACAGCCCGACCCCGAGCAGCGAGAGCCCUGGCCUGGGGGCGGCAGCCACCCCUAUCAUCAUGAGCCGGAGUCCCACAGAUACCAAAAGCAGAAACUCCCCGAGGUCAAACCUGAAAUUCCGCUUCGAUAAGCUCAGCCAUGCCAGCUCCAGUGCGGGUCACUAAUGUGAAAGAGGAAUCCUUCGCUUGUUAAUGGGAAGCCUCGAUUCCGUCCUGGAGAAGGCUCCUAUUCCAGCUCUUUGGGGGUGCCGUCCACUACUCUGACCAUCAAGGCCUGCCGCCCCACUCGGCACCUGCCCACCAGACCAGCUGUCUGUCCCACUGCCCCUGUCCGGCCACAUCCCUGCCUGCCCCUUCACUGGGACACCCUACAAGCACCUCCCCAUCUCUGGACAAGGCCUCCUUCCUCGAGGCCCCCUCCUCUUUGUCUCCUCCAGUGUAAUGUCUGCCUGGGUCAUUUGUCAUCUUGUUUUGUCUGAAGAGGACAAGGAAGUUGGGCAAGGAGGGAUUGGGCUGCUGGGGCACUGUCAGGAACUGGGGGGGUCACCUGCCACAGAGGCAGAGCGUGGUGAGGCAGGGAACAGAGAUCCACAGCAGGGGCAUCCCUGUGUGUCCUUGGUCACAGUGCCUCCUUGGACAUGACAGGCUGGAGCCAAAGCGAAUGCAUUAAUGGUGGUAGAGGGACCACUUUCCAGGAGCCAAGAUUUGUACAAUCAGGAUGCCCACGUCUCUGGGGCUUUGAAAUGUCUACUUGCUUCUCUGCUCAGAACUUCUUAGCCAUCAACUGAUGUCAGGCCAGGCUUCCCUGUCCCUGCUGCCCAUGAAGCUGCCCAUGAAGCUGCCCGUUGAAGCUGGGAGGCAGCUGAGUAUAUACGGGAGGAGUCCUGCAGACAUCCUUGGCUGCAGCUGGCAUUUUCUGUUUCACCCGACUUCACGCAUGCACCUCAUGACCAUUGCUGUGUGAGCAGCCGUGUGUCAGUGUCUUCCCUUUGAGCAGCUGUUUUUUCCCAUAAAGAGGUGGGCAGACAAGAGUGUGAAGGAAUUCAGGGAGAGGGGACACUUAGGUUCAUUGGGCUUUGAUUGAGGAAAACCUCAGGGCUUGAGGACUUGACUGGGAUGCAGUGGUGGUGGGGGAUCAUGGAAGGCAGAAAUACUUAACCCACCCACUACCCAGGUAAGAGCAAGAGAGGUGAGGUGGGGACGACCUGUCAGGGUUUGGUCAGGCUGAUAUGUAGUGAGCAGAACUUUGGUUUGGUCAGGGAGCACAACAUCUUUCAUGACUUAUGUCUCUGGCAUCUGUAGGGGGCUCAGCGCUGCCUUGGGAGCUGCUUCCAGCCAUGGUGCCAUUCAGUGUGUCUGGGCUCCGUCCCCCAGUCCUCCUCCUGCCCUCUCCAACUGAAGUCCGGGCAGUGGUCACAUCUGUGGGAGCCCUGCAGCCUGGCUGCAUCUGAGUGUUGUGCAGGCGCCCUGUGCCACUCACACCCUCAGCCAGAGCCACCUUUGCUGGAAUGAACCAGCUCGCUUCCUGAGGAGCAGCCCCCAGCUUCCCAUUCUUCCCAGUCUGGGGUGUGACGGGCUGUUUCUGCUGCCUGGCCACAGUGGGCUUUAAGGUGGCAUGUCCUCCACGUGAAACGUAAAGCCUGAAGAGCAGGACUUUUGGAGGUGAUCAGCUUUGGUGCGUCUGUUGCCUCUGUGGCAUGGGGCUGCCAGGGCUGAGCCCUGGGCCUGCCCGCUCUAAUGAGUAGAUGACAAGUCUUUCCAACUAUGCUUUAUUUAUAGAGGGAAUUGGGCUUGUUCCCAAGCCGAGGCAUAUAAAUGUUACACGUUUUUGACUGAUGUUGUGACAAUUUCCCCAUUGCUUUUGUCAUAAGAGCAAAAUCUUGAUCCUUCGUACCCACUCUUAUGGCAAUUGGGGGAUCCUAUUUGCAGACUGGGGUGACCUCUCCCCUUACACUAUUGAAAAAUGUGUGUAUGUAAAGUGCUAGUCAAAAAAUCCAUUCCAGUUAGGAGAUUCACAGAAGAGCUGUUCAGCUUAAUUGAGUUCUAUUCAAAAUCAUUUCAGCAGCACCCACUGCUGGAACGAGGCCCAUGGGUUCUGGCAGCAUUCUGUUGGCUGGGUUUCUGAAAGAACUUGAAAGGUCAAACUACAUUUCUCUAAAACAUAUUCCAGGCUUCUGCUUGCCUCUCUGGGUAGCUUGUAUUUGUAGCUGCUUGGUGGUUGUGUUGUGUUGUGUGGUUGUCUGGGGGCUCUCGGAGGUUUUCAGGUGGUCCCCACUCUGUCCUACUCUCCCCAUGACUCUAGCUGCCUCCCACUGCAGCCCCUACCUCCUGGGCAGUCUUUGCCCCUGCCUCUGAGUGUUGGGUGGAGUCCCUGCGUGGCACAAAUGGUUAAGCGCCGGACUGGUGAUCUGCUUCCGAAAGGUCGUAGCCUCGCAAGCCCUAUGGAGCAGUUCUGCUCUGCACACAUGGGGUUGCCAUGAGUCGGAUCCUACUCGACGGCAACUGGUUUGUUCAUUUGUUUGUUUGUUUUGGUUCUGAGUAGUGGGCAGGAUGGUGAAGUGUGUCCAAAGGAACUAGGAGGCACUGGUGUGCUUCCUAAGAUGCACAGCCCUGAAAAUGAUCUUACCCUCUGUUUGCUAUUGGGAUGCUCUGGACAGGACCCCAAAUCUCCCUCCCUCUGGACCUUACCUCAUCAUCUCUAGAAGGUCCAUCCUACAGCGUUUAGAGUGCAUACUACCAGCCCACCUGAGGUGUGGAGGAGAACAAGGAUGGGGCCCAGUCUCCCCUCCUCCCCCUGGACCAGAGGGCAGGUAGCUCGGGUUCCUGGAGGGCUGUCUCCCACGCUCUCCCUGUGUCUGCUCUGAUCCAUAAAGUCUUUCCUCCGAUUCCUGUGCCCAGGCUUCAGGUGCAGAAGUUCGCUCAAGCCACAUGGGUGUUUUUGACUAGACUCGUUUAGAGGGUGCUCAUGCUGGCAUUUGAGGGAUUUUCACUUAUGAUCUCCAUAAAAAAGGCAUUUUCUGGAGACUCUGUGGCUCUGAGGACUGCCUGAUUCACUGAAGAGACUGUACUUUCCAGUGCUGUAGGGCACCCACGUGCCACCAGCUAAGCUGAUGCAGAAAAACAGAUGCAGAAAGAACUCCAGAUAGGUCCUACCAGAGUUUCUGUCUGUGCUAAUGAAUGUUCAUGGUGUUUCUUGGAAAAUACUCUGUGGUUCAGCAUUGUCAAGAUUAUCUUCUUCCGGGACCUUAUAUAUUAUCUAGUCCAACUAUGUCCUCAGAUGAGAAAACUUAGCCCAAGGGAGGGGACAUGACUUGCUUUAGGGUACACAACCAGCUCUUGGCAAGGCUGGGCUUAGAACCCACAACCCAGGGACCUUUCCUCUGUACUGUCUACAUGUUGGUGAAUAAGUGGCUAUGUUUGCCGGGGCCAUGGGCUUUGGAGAAGCCAGUAAGCUUGUGCCUCAGCUCUGGCCUGGAGGCAAUGCAGUCAAGGAUGCCGGUGGAGCCUCUGACUGUUCUUUCCAUCAGGGGGGAGAGUCUGUUGGAUUUUUCAGCGAGGGUCUUGGGAUUUGGGAUGCAGCUUGGAAAACAAGGAGGGAACAUGAUUCCACUGAGCAGGUUCUCUCUGGCUUAGGCAGUCACCUAGGUGACCCCGGUCUAUAAAGGGGGUGGAGGCCAGGGCAAAGAUGCAGUUAACCAACCCUCACUUGUCCCUUUUUAAGUUAAGAAAAAAAUAGUGGUAAAGGAAAACUCUUCAAUUCUCCCUGAUUCUUAAACAAAGCCCUGACCCUUUAAGGUGCCAAUGCAAACACUACCUUCUUCAUUCAUUUCUAAGUCAAUGGAGACAGGUCAGUUGUAGGGGAAUGGAUGAGACUUCAGGUAGAUCUUAUGGCUACAGGUGGCCAGUAGGGA